UAUCUUUUAUUUGGAUAGAUGACCUUUGGACCAAGUUCAUAAUAAUAAGUGCUGGGUAAAUCACUACUUGAAGAACAACUUGAAUCUAUAGACUACUAAAACAAGAAUAUGGGGAACUACAUCAGCAUCAUUUAUUCCAAGAUAGCUAACUGGCAAGAGCCAGUGUGUUCACUACAUGAAAAACAGUUGGAAUUUUACUGCAAUGUUUGUAAAACUCCAAUUUGUGAAUAUUGUACUUUUGAUAAUCACGAAGAAGCUAAAGGAAAGCAUGAACCCAUCAGAGCUUCUGAUGUAUUCAAUGACUUCAAAGCAACAGCAGAUUCCUUGAUAAUUCAGGCUGAUGUCCACAAACACCAGGCACAAGUUGGGAUAAGCAAAUGUAUUGCAAAUGUCUCCAACCUUAAUAAGACUAGAAAUGACAUUACAAAAGACAUCAACGACACCGUGGAAGAAAUUGUUAGAUUAGUAAGAGAAUCAGGAGCAGCAUUGGAAAGGAAGUUAGGUGAUAUUUGCGAGACAAAAGAAAAGGAAUGCAACUCUCAAAUUGAUGAACUCAAAUCAUAUAUAAGAGAUGUUGACGACAAACAAGAUUGCAUCAAAAAUUUAUUGACAUGUGGUAAAGCAACAGCUCUCCUUACAUGUCAUCAGGCAAUACAAGAACUGCAACAAAAGAUUGUUGUCCCAUCAGGGACAGAAUCUAGAAAUGAUGGAAAGGUUUAUUUUUUUCCAACAAAUGCUGACUUAUUGAAAUCUUUAAAGAAACAGGGAAUAGGUUAUGUAAGUGAAAAGCCAAAUGAAAACAUCUUCGAAAUUUUAUCUGAAAAUCCAAUGACUGUGACAUGUUACCAACCUUUUCAUGUUGAAAUAGCUCAAAGAGAUAAAUGUGAAAUAGAUGUAAAGGAUCUGGCAGUUUCAAAAAAGGAAAUAACCCCUUCUUCGACGAAAGAUGCUUCACCUACCACCAGAAUUGUUGAAUCUCAGGGAAAAUAUUUUGUCGAAGGAUCCUCAAGUACAGAUUUGACACUGGAUGUCAAGUUUUGUAAUUCUUCAAUAAAAGGAUCUCCAAUUAAAAUCAUCGUUGAACCUGUCGGAAUUGUAAAAUUCAUCAAAAAUGUUGGUCAUUCUACAGGUAAUAUGGGGAAUAGUCAUAAAGGCAUACAAGAUUUAGUGAUGUUUGAAAAUGGUUGUUUUUUAGUUCUUUGUACCUGUAAGUGUGAGAUCUUUAAGUUUAAAAAUUCUGGAGCAUUUAUCAGUAGAAUAACAUUACCAAAAUCAACCCAAAUUGAGAGAGUAUGGAAAUUAAAAAACAACUUAAUAUGUGCUGGUUCCGAAAUAAAAGAAAAGUACAAUAAGUAUGCAUACAAAUCUGAAAUUUUAAGCCUACCAAAAAUAUAUUUUUUGAGUCCAGAUGGUCAGGUGAUCUGGACCAAAUCAAUAUAUGGUGAUCAAAAACAGCACUUUCCAUUUGGUAUUGAUGUGAAUGAAGUCUUAAACUUAUUGUGUCUUGCUCAUAAAACUCAAAAUUGUGUAAAUGUAUACUACUACGGAAACAGAACACUUUGUAUGACAAUUGGAUCUAAGGGUGAUCUUGAAGGGCAAAUGAAAGGACCUUCCGAUGUUGCUGUCACAAAAGAAGGGAAUGUCAUUGUAGCUGACACUGACAAUCACAGAGUGCAAUUAUUUGGUACUGAUGGUCAAUUCAUCAAGGUACUUAUUGGUGGAGGAAGGGAAGAUGGUAUGGUGAUAAGACCAUAUAUAGUAGAUGUUGAUAAUGAUGACAACAUUAUCGUAGCAAGUGAAGGAAAAGUACAGUUAUUUGACAAGCAUGGCAAGUUCAUUCAAGUAUUUCAUCAAAUUGACGAGGGAGAAGACAAGAAUUUUGUAUUUUCAAUUGCCUCCUACUUUCCCCGAAGACUCGCAUUAGCAGAAGUAAAUUCUACUACAAUUUCUUUAAUUAAUUACUAGGAAAAAAAACAAAAGUGAAGAUCAAUAGUCUUAUAUGCAAUUUUCCAUUUAUGCACUUGCAAAAUUUAUGGAAAAAUGGGUCCAAUACUUGUUAAUUGACACUGCAUCACAUACAGUAUCCAUUUAUCAAUAUAGUUAGCAUUUACAGGCACUACACGUUAAUUUCU